AUGAUGGUGAAGCUGGGCCGGGCCGCAAAGAAGGCCAAGCAGUUCGAGGUGCGCAAGAUCGUUCGGCGUCUGAAGCUGGCAGAGGCCAACAAGAAGCCGGCGCUGGAGGCGCAGCUCGAGGCAGCGAAAGCAGCAAACGUGCAGGAGCUCGCCUCGGUCGCGGGGUCGCAGCUGGGCCUGGUGAGGGGUCCGGCUGGGUCGCUCCCCGACAGCCCAGAGUCAUGCUGGGCGGAUGGCCCAGAGCGAGCGGUGUGCACCAGGAUGCUCUCUGCGCCCUGCCUGAAAGCCGUCAUUGUCUCCCUCCUGGAGGGCGACGCCGAGGAGGCAAGAGAGGGCAAGCCGGCCCCGCUGGACUCUCCGCCUGCCAGCCCGUCCUCCUCGGACGGCGAAGAGGCCGCUGACGAAGUGGACGAGGAAGCAGGCGCCGCGCUCGCAAAGCUCCUGCAGCGCAGCAGGGAGGCGGCAGCUCCAUCAGACUCUGAGGACGAGGCCAUAUCCCUGGCAAGCGACGUGAGCGACCUAGAGAGCCUGCUGAGCUCUAGCGGCGACGAGGCCGGGCCAAGCGCUGAGUCGUCAAAGGCAGAAGCUGCUGCGCUGCCCGUCCAAUCACAGAAACGUGCCAAGGGCGCCAGGGUGGGGCCGGGCAAGAAGUCUGCCCCGGCCAAGCCCAAGAAUAGGAUGGGGCAGAGGGAACGACGGCGGCUGGCUACGAUGCAGUAUGGCCGACCGGCACCCCCUACCAUAGCAAAAGAGGCCCAGGGCAAGCCUGACAGAGUCAAGAAGGCUCCUGCGCCUGCCUUGGAUGCCACAGACCUGCAUCCCUCUUGGAGGGCAAAGCGGAGCCAGGCUGCCGCCAUCCCUGCAAGGCCUGUGCCUGCCACCAAGAUUGUGUUUGAUGACUGA